GUGGCACCCAAUCGGAAGUCUCGCUUGUUCCAAAACGUUCGGCCGCAGUCGGGUAUCAUCGGCUAUUUCACUUGUCACUUGCGAGUGCAGGCGCCGUACGGAUCGGUGAUCUCAUUGGGGUUGAGUACCUGUACCAGCAGGCUGGCCACAUGUUUGAGGACUUGAACAUGGAUCCUAACAGCCCGGAUGAGGAUGCUGCCAUCGUCGAGGAUGUGGAUGAUGGGAUUCAAGUGGAUGAGGAGGCCCCCACCAUCUUUCCACCAGACUCAUCCUCAUCCUCCUCUCCUCAGGCAGCAUCCCUGUCAGGACCAUCCAAGUUUGAGUCAUCCCCCACCUCUCCUGGAAGCCUUGCUCCUCCUCAGGACUCCUCAGACUUUGAGAACCUCUGAAGAAAUGGAAAUGGAAACGUCUGAAGACUAUUCUACUAGUAACGGCCAAUGCUCUUCCGGCAAAGAGGACUCAAGAAUGGCGGUUGAUAUGUCACCACGUAAUGUACUAGCACUUCCCCAGGGUCCUAAUUCCCCCAAUGAAGUGGCUAUAAAGCAAGAGGAAGAUCUGGUGGAAGAUGGUGACAACAACAGCACAGCACCUGAAGAAAUGGGUCAGCCAGGAGAUGAAGGAGCAACACUGGAGGAAUCUACGACAAGCAGCCUACACAAUGGACAAGAUGGGUCUGGACCAAAUGGACCAUCAGAAGCCGGGAUUCGACAACAAAAUGGUGACAGGCCUUUCCAGUGCAACCAGUGUGGCGUAUCGUUCACCCAGAAGGGGAACCUGCUGCGACACAUUAAGCUGCACACAGGUGAAAAACCCUUCAAGUGCCCUUUCUGCAGCUAUGCUUGCCGACGCCGUGAUGCCCUCACUGGCCAUCUUCGUACUCAUGCUGUUGGAAAACCACACAAGUGCAACUUCUGUGGACGGAGUUACAAACAACGGACAUCCCUGGAGGAGCACAAAGAGCGUUGUCACAGUUACCUCAGCUUGGAUCCUGGUGCCAGCACUGGCCCUUACACAGGUGAAGUUCCAAAAGGGGGCAUGGCUGAGGCCGGCAGUAUGCCAGCCUUCGAUCGGCCACCCGUCAUUGAAAGACUGCCGACUAACGUUGGAAAGAGGAAGAGCACUACACCUCAAAAAUUUGUGGGAGAAAAGCUUCGCUACAGCUACCCUGAUGCAGGCUAUCAUGAGAUGCGCUUGAAAUAUGAAAAUAAUCCUGAAUUGAUACCACCCCACAUGAUGGACCAGGCUAUCAACACCUUGACAUACUUGGGAUCAGAUACCCUCCGUCCUAUGCUCCACCAUCCAGGUCCAUCUGUAUCUAUGGCUGAUGUUGUUCCCAUUGUCAAUCCCCUGUAUCACCAUGUUCUACCAUUUAGCCAGCAACUAGAGCGUCCAGGAAAUUGCGAAACACUUCCACCACAUCCACCCCAAUCCCAAGAGUUUCCCAGCCACCCCACUUCGAAUGGCCCUACUUCCUUAACUCGGCAGAACAAACAACCUCAGGUAUCACAGGAGGAAUCAGCAAGCAACAGUGGCGUUGAUUCGGCUGACUCGGCUCGAAGCAGCCCUCAGGAAAGGCAGGGGUACCUGAACUCCAGCGCAGCUGCAGGCCUCAGGUCCCGAGCAAGUCCAGCUGUGGGCUCUGGUGAGCGAGUUAUUGAUGCAUCAUCCAGGAGUGGGUCAGGAGUGGGAACAGGGAUGAUGCGUGUGGCAGCAGAGCGGCCAGUGGGCCAUGAAGGGGUGCGGGUGUUCGCUCGAGACGGUCACGAGCUGCGAGCCUUUCAGUGUGAGCACUGUCGACUGCUCUUUCUGGACCACGUCAUGUACACCAUCCACAUGGGUUGCCACGGCUACAGAGAUCCCUUGGAGUGCAACAUCUGUGGUCACCGAAGCAAAGACCGCUAUGAGUUCUCUUCGCACAUAGUUCGAGGGGAGCACACUUUCCAUUAAAAGGGACAAAACGGAAGCAAGCGGAAAGCUUUGGGAAUAAGACGAGCAUUAACCUGCUUUCCAUCUCUUCCCUGUGAAAGUGCAGAAGACAGUGUCACUUGUGGGCAAGUGUAGCACAAUCAAAGACUACUUUUUAAGCUACUGGUUGUAAAUUGGAGCACAUGAAGGUAUGGGCCAAAGACACAUUUUGUACUUAUUUAACUAACUCAGAACAAAGAAGUUGUUUUUUUUUUCCUAUUUUCUAACCAAUUAAUUGUUUAUGAGAGCAGCUGCCAGCUUUCUCCUGGUUUUUCAUUUUAAAUUUAAAAUGGAAUUAUCUUUUUGUAGCUUUUGAGUUUUAAUAUUUGUCAGCUGCGAAACUCACAGUUACAUAAUCAUGUACCAUGAAGGCUCAAUAAAUGUAAGAAAAAAUGGAAAGUAGCUUAGAUCAAUCUCACCAGUGCAUUACUGAAUUGACUGGAAAUUUAGGAUGAACAAAAAGAGAAAUGUGUAAUUUAAUUAAAUUAAGAUGAGAGGAGACAUGUCAAUCCCACUGACAACACAAUGGCCACACAAUGUCAAAGUAGUUUUACAAUCAAAUACAUUUUGGAAAUGAAAAUGUAAUGUUUUCUAAAUUAUACAAUAAAUUUCAAAAGUAUAUUGUGUUAUACAUGUACAUCAGUGUCAAUCUGAAUUAAUUCAUGGAUCCUUUGGUAAUUGGAUGUGCUUCUUAGAGAAUAAUGACGAAAAACAAUUUAAAUAUAGAUUUUUUUUUUUUUGCAAUUUUUUUGUUCAAAAUAUAGAAAAAUGAGAGUUUUUUUUAUAUUUUAUAUUUUAUUUGGUCUAUAAUAGAUGGGGAGAAAUUUAAUUUACCUUUAAAUUGAAAGCUUGACUAUUCUUGUGGAUAUUUUUAAUCAUCCUAUGCUGACAUUGGGAGGUGCUAUUCUCCUUUACAUCUUAAUAUCAAGUUUUUAUUUAUUUUUAAACCUUCAUGACCUCAAAAAACAGCUUGUAUUUCAAUUCAAUAUUUGCAUUUUAAAACAAAGUUUUUUGUUUUUUUUUUCCCAAUACUGGUUUGUGAUGUGCAAAUACAAUUAUCAAUGCAUUCAUGGUCAUCAUUCCAAACUUGUAGUUUUAUUUUUUUGACACAUGCACUUACAAGAUCAAGUCACAGAGCAUGCUGAAAGGUAAACAGUACCCAAGAUUGUUGCCUUAUUGUUCAUAUUCAUAUCAAAUCUCAGACGUAUUCUUUAUUGUAACAUUCCAAGUACUCCAUAAAUACACAUGAAAGUAUUUGUUUCCCUUUUUGAUUUCUGCAACUCUAGCACAGUGCUAGAUUCACAAACAUGACCAACUUUAAAGACUUAAGACUUAUUUAAGUGUGGUGUUAGCCAAAUUUUUAUGUUAUCAGGAGUAUCUUUAUUUCCAGCUUUUCAAAAUAAAACUAUUUCUUGUUUUGUUCAUUCAGAAAUUAUACAUUCUCGUUUAUUCACUACGUGUGAUAGGGUGCCUUGGAACAAGUUUACUGUUUAGACUUUACAUUAAUGUCUAAACAUUUGACAACAGAUAUUUUAAGAUCAAAUUAAACUUAAUAUCAAAUAUUUAAAAUAUAUAAAUGUAACAUGGCUUAAUAAUAAGCACAUUGCAGCUUAUUAUAUACAGGAAAAUUACUUUUGAACAUGCUAAUAAAUUAAAUGCAAAGGCCACUUACCUAUUUGCUUUUAAGAGAGGGACUUAAACCAUUGUACAACAAAAAUAUAUUUCACAGAUAGACACCCUUUCUGAUGUACCUCACUUUUUAAUCUUUUUGGAUUUAAACAUGAAACCAUAUGAGAGAUUCAAUAAAAUGUGUAUUUUUGUUGCAUAGUAGAUACAUGCAGAUUGCACUGUUUGUCCUUUGCGCAUUAUCGCUAUUGCAAAGAAACGGUUUACUGAUGCUGAAGCUAAAGUGUUGCACUGCGUUGGUUUUCAUCUGCGGUUUUAUUAGACCUAACGUUCUCUAAUGGGGCUGCUCUUUUAUCUGCUCCUCUUCAACCCUCAUCUCACGAACAAGCAAGAACACACUAGUUUCCUUCACUUUGAAUCUUGCUUUGCUUACUUUCUAUAUGCCAUUACAAUAAUGUAUGACCUUUAACAGCAAAAAUCAAGAAAGGAGCAGGAUGAACUAGGGGAUAAGUGAACAGAAUGUGGUUUCCCUACGUACAAUAGUACUAAUCUAAAGAAACUUCCAGCAUAUCAACUUCAUCAUUUAAGAAAUAUGUAAAUGAUGUUAACUACCAACUUUUUACUGUAGUUCAUUAAAGCACAGUAAAUUUGGGCUAAAGAGGUGGUACUUUCAUAACUUCUCAGCACUGUGCUCAGUACAGUAGAUCAUGGUCAUGCACUUUAUGUAUCUGUCUAGGCAAUGCUAUUUUAAUGCAGGCAUAACAGAAAACAAUCCUGUUUAUUCUUAGAACAACCAUGGAGCACCAUAAAAAAGGCAAAACUUUGUUUUUUUCUGAUCUUAUGAAUAUGCUUGUUUUUUUUGUUUUGUUUUGUUUUUUAUGUAAGAAGUUCCGCAAGAUAUAAGCAUUAUUUGUUUCAUCCAACAUUUUAAACAAUCCUGUAGGUUUCCUGUAUUCAUAAAUUCAAAAGGCAGCUUUUUUCUUGUACAUGUUGCCUCUUAGCAUAGGAACUCAUGGUAAGGUUUUGGUAUUGGAAAUUGUUUACACCUUGCAGCUUUUAUAGUAAAUAUUUUCAUUAUUUUGUCUAUUUACCACUGUAUAUAUUUAGUCAGGUUUCUGCAAAUGUUUAUGUUUUUAAAGGGGUUAUUACGGGAAAAACAAGCUUUUGAUGUAUUGCUAAUUGCAUUUUCUUCAUGAUUCUAAUCUCAACUUGUAGGUAUAAUACAACUCUACCUGUCUGUCUCAUCCAAGUAGCCAUAUAAACAAAGCAAACGGAAAAGUCUUCUUUCACCCUCUGUGUAACUGAGGACUUUACUUGAAAAUUCUAAUCAUUGCUUAUGCUACAUGUUGUGUUUUUUGUAAGUUUUGAUGAAGAGCCUGGUAAAUGUCUAUUUUUCUGCUGAAAUGUUAAUACAAAUAAUUUUGUGAACUUUGUAUGGUUUUGAAGUUUAACAAAUGUUUACAAGAUUGUACAAGGAGUGGUUCUGAGUGGAUGAUAAUGAUAUUGGCACUGAAUAUAGAAGUUAUUCAGGAACGUGUGCUGACUGAUGAGUUUUCAUAUUGACAGACUUUCUAAUGUAAGGGCUCUCAGGAAUUUGAAUAGGCGUUGUACUUUUUAUGUAGUUUAUUUAUCAAGAAAGAUACACAGAGAUUUAAGUGUCUCUGAUGCCUCUUAACACUCAAAGUGGUGAAGGAAAUUGUUCAGCCCUGUAUUUUCUUUCUAUGCUCUUUUUUUUAUCCGUAUUGUCUUUAUUUUUACUUUGCAUCAUUGACUAUAUGAAGACACACAGCUGUGAACAUUGCAGUGUACAUUUUAAGGCAUGAUUUCCCUGAAUUAAAGAAACGGUUUUGCUGCUUCACUCGUGUUGUGAAUUUUGAAAAAGA